AUGCUGCGCCGUCAAGCUAGAGAGCGUCGCGACUACCUCUAUCGCAGAGCAUUGCUUCUGCGCGAUGCAUCAAUUGCAGAGAAACGAGCCCAGCUGAAAGCUUCUUUAGCUUCCGGCAAACCGUUAGACCCUUCGAUUGCGAAUGAUAAGGCUCUCCGUGAAGAUUUCAAGUUUGAUGAGUCAAAAGACGAGAAAGAUGGGGAAAUGGAUAUCGACGACGAGUAUGCUUUAACCUCUGGUGUUAUCGACCCUCGACCCCUAGUCACUACAUCUCGUUCACCCUCCGCUCGCCUCGGCGCCUUCGCAAAAGAGAUCCGUCUUCUUCUACCGACCUCCAUUCGCUUGAACCGUGGUACCCUUGUGCUGCCUGACCUUGUUUCCAGCGCAAACUCUGCUGCCCUCACCGAUAUGCUCCUGCUCCACGAGCACCGUGGUACCCCUACUGCUCUCACCGUCUCCCACCUUCCACAUGGGCCGACAGCUAGCUUCUCCUUGCACAAUGUCGUUCUCCGAGCAGAUAUCCCGAACUCGGCUCGUGGAACUGUAUCAGAGAGCUACCCUCACCUGGUCUUCGAGGGUUUCAAGACCAAGCUGGGUGCCCGUGUUGUCCAGAUUCUGAAGCAUCUUUUCCCUCCCCGCGACCCAGGAAAGGUUGGAAACCGAGUUGUCAGUUUUGUGAACAAGGAGGACAGUAUUGAAGUGCGACACCAUGUCUUUGUGAAGACUGGAUAUCGUGAUGUUGAACUUGCGGAAGUUGGGCCACGAAUGACAAUGCGCUUGUUCGAGAUCCGCGGAGGCUCACUGGAGAAAGGAUCCAGUGGUGAUAUUGAAUGGGCGCUCACUCAAUAUACCCGGACCAGCCGGAAGAAGGAUUAUCUUUAA